CACAACAAAUUAUGAGUAGGUGAGGAACUCCAUUUACUUAACCCCGUCUUGUUGCCAUCUGAUUUGAGCUUUGGAGCUAUCGAACUUCUGAAUCUGAAAGUCGAAAAUUUUUUUGAGGAGAGAUGGCUUCAGAUCGCAAGGUUUUAACUUUCGAAGAAGUUUCACAGCACAACAAAACUAAGGAUUGUUGGCUUAUUAUUUCCGGCAAGGUAUAUGAUGUGACCCCAUUCAUGGAUGAUCAUCCUGGAGGUGAUGAAGUCUUGUUGUCCUCAACAGGGAAAGAUGCUACAAAUGAUUUUGAAGACGUUGGUCACAGCGACACUGCUAGGGACAUGAUGGAGAAAUAUCACAUUGGUGAGAUCGAUUCGUCUACUGUUCCUGCAACAAGGACGUAUGUUGCACCACAGCAACCAGCUUACAACCAAGACAAGACACCUGAAUUCAUUAUCAAGAUUCUUCAGUUUCUUGUUCCGAUCUUGAUCUUGGGACUGGCUCUUGUCGUUCGUCACUAUACCAAGAAAGACUAGAAGAGACGCCAAAGGCUUUUGCUUUUGCUUGUCAUGGAAUUCUCUCUGUAUUUUCUUUCUUGCUAUAAGAUACUAUUACUGUUGUUUGGUCUUGGUCUUAGACUGCAUCUGUGUCCCUUACUGAUUCUUGUUGAAAUUUAUAAACCAAUAAUCAAUGUGUUGCUAGUGUUGCUGUUUUGAGUUUUAUGAUGACAUGUUUUCGAUUUUGAUGAUAUAAUAAAAGAGUGGUUCUUUU